UUUGUAAUUUUUAGAUAAGUCAGAACAGGGAGUCGAAAACCCAAACGGAAACAGUCGGAGUAGGGUAAUGAAGAACUGUAUACGCGCAUGUCGGUGCGAUAACGACGGAACAAUAGAUUUCUGUUCGCAUUCGUAACACUCUGAAUCACUCGCUGGCACUUUAUUAGGACACUUUAGUAAGAUGAAUAAAUUUUGAAGGUUUAUGUGAACUCUGGGAUGCGCGAAGUAAAAUUGAAAACUAACAUCGAAAAGUUACAAGUAUUUUAGUUCCUACUGUCUUUACGCGUCAUUAUAUUUUGCCACGCAGUGAUGGUACAAAUAAAUUUAUAAAACUUAAAUUUAUCGAACAAAAGGAGUUUUGAUAAAAUUCAAUUUUGUACUGAAAUACCAAUGAGAAAUGUAAAAUGUGAUUAAGUCCGCUGAGUACUACUGCGCAAGAAGUUUCCAAAACAUCCCGCAGAUUGGUUGAUUUGUGUUACGCUUUCGACCAAUAAAUUUCGAAAUUUAACAUCAUAUCUAUGAAUCUGAUUUGACAGAAAAUUUGUUUACUUUUAUUUAGCAGCUGUUAUCUAUGCUAAUAAAAUAGAUAUUGAAUUGCUGUGAAUUUUAUAGAAGACUAAUUAUAUAUAUUUCCGUUGUACUCUGUUAAUGAAGUAAUAAAAAUUUAUUAAACUAAGUUGUUCGCCAAUUUAAUUUAACAUUAACCAAAAAGGAGACUGAAUUAUCAAAGUCUUACGGUGUUACCUCGCAAAAAUUACUGUUGAUAACUAUUCAGGUACACGUGUUGAAGUAUAAUUUCUUGGCUUUUAAGUUUCUCUGAAGCCAAAAGUACAAAUUUCUGUGCGCUUAUGAUAUCUAUACCUUUAUCAUUAAAUAUGUUAUUUAUACUACUUAUUUGUAAAUUACUGUGUCUGCUUAUUCUUUUACCUAUUUUAUUGAUAACAUGGAAAAGAAUGUAUACAAAAAUGAGAGCAGAGAGAUCGCCAAAAGAAACUGUUGUUGGAAUUUUUCAUCCAUAUUGUAAUGCAGGAGGUGGCGGUGAAAGAGUACUUUGGGCUGCAGUUAAUGCCAUACAAACUAAAUAUCCAGAUGUACACAUAAUAAUUUACACUGGAGAUCUUGAUGCUGAUCCAGAACAAAUUAUCAAUAAAACAGAGAAAAUAUUUAAUUUUAAGAUUGAGCGUAAAAUUCAAUUUAUAUAUUUGCACAAACGCAAAUGGGUAGAAGCACUAAUGUAUCCGUACUUUACCCUUUUGGGUCAAAGCUUAGGAUCAGUUUGGUUGGGUAUUGAAGCUUUAAAUAAUUUUGUACCAGAUAUUUAUAUUGACACAAUGGGCUAUGCAUUUACAUAUCCAUUAUUUAGGUACAUUGGUGGAUGUAGAGUAGCAACAUAUACUCAUUAUCCUACAAUUUCAACUGAUAUGUUGAAGCAUGUUUAUAGAAGAAUUAUCUCCCAUAAUAAUAGACGGAUUAUAGCUAGAAAUCCAUUUCUAUCUGCAGCCAAAAUUGCUUACUAUAAAUUGUUUGCACUUAUUUAUGGUUGGGCUGGUAGCUGCGCAGAAAUUGUCAUGGUAAAUUCCUCUUGGACCGAAGAACAUAUUAAUACAAUUUGGAAGUGCCCAUUAAAAACUCAUAGGAUUUAUCCACCAUGUGAUGUGAAGCAUUUAACAGAACUAAAACUUCUUAAUGAUGAAGAGAAGGGUGACAUUAUACGAAUAGUUUCAGUUGCACAAUUUAGGCCAGAGAAAAAUCAUCCAUUAAUGUUGAGGGCAAUGUAUGAACUUAGAUCUAUUGUUAAAGAAGAAGUUUGGGACAAGGUUCGAUUAAUUCUUAUUGGUUCUUGUCGAAACGCGGAUGAUGAAGUAUGUGUUAAAGACAUGCAGGAUUUAUCUAAAUAUUUUGCAUUAGAUGAAAACGUGGAGUUUAAAUUAAAUGUUCCGUAUUCGGAUCUUGUAUCAGAACUUCAAAAGGCAACAAUAGGGAUACAUACUAUGUGGAAUGAACAUUUCGGUAUUAGCGUAGUCGAGAGUAUGGCAGCAGGAUUAAUAGUUGUAGCUCAUGCUUCCGGAGGUCCAAGAGCCGAUAUAAUUGAAACACAACCAGGAUCACAAAAUGGUUUUUUGGCAGAAGAGGCAGAAGAGUAUGCAACAAUAAUGGCAUACAUCAUCAAUAUGCAUCCAGAAGACAGAAAUACUAUUCAAAUGGCUGCUAGGGCAUCUGUAAGCAGAUUUUCAGACGAAGUAUUUGAAAGAGAAUUUUUACGAACGAUAGAACCAUUUUUUAGACCAAAACAGGAAUAAAAUGAAUUAAAAAUUAAUUUUUCUAAAAUGUAUUUCUUAAUUGUAUCAUAUUAUCAUGGAAACUUGUAAAUGUAAAUAAUUAAUCUAAGUUUUAUAUAUUAAAAAUCAUGAUAUAACUACUUCGAAUGAUAGAAUAAAACAACAUUCAUGUUACACAACCUUAAGCUGCUGCUUAUAUUUUCAAAAACAAUAAAAAUAACAGAAUACAUCAUAAAUCUUAUUAUGCUUACACAUGUGCUUUCUAUUUAAAAAACACUCAUUAUAAUAUAAA